AUGGAGACAGCUGUCACGACGAUGACGGACCGCACCCGCCAGAAUGGUCCCGCACAGCCUCCUCAAAGCCAGAGGAUAUCGACGCUGCCGCCGAUCACCGCGUUGACGGGAUCGUUGCCGCCUCCGGAGCUGUCACCUGGGAUUCCGCGACCCGUCUCCGAUGCGAGAGACUCGGGGAAUUGGUCAAUAUCCCAAAGCAAACACUCCUCAACUGUCUCCAACCCUCUCGGAGGAUUGCAAUUACAAUCCAUUCUCAACGCAGAAGAAUCUCCUUCGCGAUCAUCUGCCCCAGAGACACCUCACUCCGCUCGAGGAUCGGCCCACCAGCCCGUUCCGACACCCCAUGUCAGCACAUGGACCUCCGACCCUCGAGCAAGUGCCGACGCAGCCUCCGUCCUCGCCGACUCGAGGCGAAGCAGCGUCGACAGCCGAGUGAACAACGGCUUCCAUCAUCUCUCCAUCGGCCCAACCUCCCCGUACGCGAGCGAAAACCCAUCCCGCACCUCGCUUACCUCUGCCCUGGCAAGAGAACGUGGCAUCACCGGCGCCCCAAUCAACGGCAACCCCCUCUCCCCCACCCAACCCAUGAUGCGCAAUCGCGCCCAAGUCCAACCACGGCGCGCGCCCGUCAUCCACCCCAAUCCGCGCAGCGUCUCAGGCAUGCCCGAUCCCACCGCCGCCGCGCCGACGAAGGGGUUCGCAUGGGCGUUCCCCGAUCAUCCCGAGCCGGACGACCGGCGAGACUCGAGUAGCGGCGACUCGCUGGACCCGUCGAUCCCGUCGCGGCAGAACAGCUUUGCCGCCUCGGUCAACAGCAACACGUUCACUGAUGGGGUGCUCCCUGCCGGCCAAAGGCGGUUCGACGAAGACAUCCCGACACAUCAUCAUUCGAUGCAGCAUCGGGCCAUCGCCAACCUGCAGCAGGCAGAGCAGGGCGCCAAUGCCGGCCCGGGGAAUUACAGCCGCACGCCGGCCCUCCGGGUGAGCCACAAGAUGGCGGAGCGCAAACGCCGCAGCGAAAUGAAGCAGCUCUUCGACGAACUGAACGCCAUUCUCCCCAACUCCCCGGGCGGCAAAUCCAGCAAAUGGGAGGUCCUCACCAAAUCAAUCGACCACAUCCGCUCCCUCAAAGUCGGCGACGCCCACCUCCGCCGCGACCACGACCGCCUCGCCGACACCACCCGCCACCUCGAGGACGAAAACCGCCACCUCCGCGCCGAGAUCCAUGCCCUCUGGCAGCACGCGCACCGCAACGACCCCUCCGUCUCCCCCGCCUCCUUCGGCCCCUUCACUAACGUUGCCGCCCACGAGCCGAGCGCGCCCGUCGUGAAUGGCGGGGGGCCGCGGCAGGGUCCUCAUCCACCUCCUCCUUCACAGCAGCCGCAUCCGCAGCAGGCGGGGCAGACGCCAGGAGUGUCGCCGCCCCAGGCGCCGUUGCCGCAGGGCGCGGCGCCGCCACAGCAGUCGGUGACGGGGUCGUGGAAUGGGGUGAAUGGCGCGGUGGGGCCGUCGGCGAUGCAGGGGGUGGAGUUUCAGUCGCCGCGGAUAGGGUAUGAGCACCGUUAGCGGGGUUCUUUUUCUCGUGGCGUUUUCGGAGGCGAGAGGACGAUGGGAUCUCGCGUGUCUGUUAUGCUCGGCUUUUCUGUUCGGGGUUGGAUUUCCGCCUUUUUUCCUCCCAUCGUGCAUCCGUCC